AUGGCGGACGACAAUGGGCUGCUAGCCGAGAUCGCCGAAAACGGAAGUGAAUCCUUGGAGGUGGAUUCCCACGGUGCCGCGGCCGAGCCCAGCACUUUGCUGCACAAGCUGAAAGGCGCCAUCUCGAAAACCAUCCAGAUCAAAGUCGACUACAUCUUGCAAGAUGUCCAAAGGUUUUCAGACUACGCCAAGCUUUACCUCUACCUGCAGCUGCCUUCCGGCCCGAGUUCAGGAGAAAAAAACCUGGAUCUCGCUUCGCUGAGCUCGGUCGAACACAUGCAUGCCUGCACGUGGAUCCGGAAUCACCUGGAGGAGUACCCGGACACCUGCUUGCCAAAACAGGAUGUGUACGAUGCCUACAAGCGGUACUGCGAUAACCUUUGCAGCCGCUCUUUGAGCGCGGCAAAUUUCGGCAAGAUCAUCCGGGAGAUCUUCCCAAACAUCAAAGCGAGGCGGUUGGGCGGCCGCGGACAGUCGAAGUAUUGCUACAGCGGGAUCCGGAGAAAGACGGUGGUCCACAUGCCUCCUCUUCCCAGCCUAGAUCUUAAAGAAACUGAGACGGCCGAAAGGACCGACCUUGUCCAGGCGUACAACGACGAAGUGAUGGAGGCGGCCUGUGCCCUCACCUGCGACUGGGCGGAGAAGAUCCUCAAACGGACGUUCAACAACAUCGUGGAGGUGGCCCAGUUCCUCAUCCAGCAGCACAUUAUCAACCCCCGCUCCGCCCACGCCGACCUGGUCAUGGCGACGGUAGUCUCAGAAACGGCAGAAACUCCCAAGGAGAAACGACCACCACCAAGCUUGAAGAAGAAUGAGGCCGAGGCCCCGGAGAAUGCAGCCAAACCACCGCCUCAGACCAAAAAGGAGAAUCCCUCCAAGCCUCCCGCGGCCCCUCCACGGAGCGAGGCCAAGAAGCCCGCGGAAGCUUCAGCCAAGCCGGCCAGUGCCCCCCAAGUGAGCGCCUUGAUGGCUCGCCUCCCUUUGCUCUUGCCUCGCAUGCAGCCCCUCGAGCGGCUUGUGGUGUCCGGGGGGGUGGCAGCAGUCCACUCCUCCCCGCCCAUCCUGGCGCCCAAGCUCACAGCCCCUUCCAUAGGGGGCACAGUCAAGAUGGCUCUCUCCGUGGGCCCCACUUCAUCCCCGCUGCCCCUGAACUUGGCACCUGCUGUGAACGGGCCCGGGGGACUGCUUGGCCAACAGAGCGCCGUGCCAGUCAUCAACAUGAUUCUUCCUGGCGUGGCAGUGCCCCCCGUGACUGAGAUCCCGGCCAAGCCGAAGAACCCGCCCGGUGGCGGGGGUCCGGCAAGCGGCGAGCCCAGGUGGAGUCUCCCCGACCCGCAGAAAGCCAAAGCUCCCAGCAAGCGGCCCGCGGACUCGCCCGCGGACGCGGCAACAGUGAAGAGGAAGCGUGGGCGACCCCGGAAGAAGCCAGACGAGCCGGAGUCCUUCCCGUCGGAGAAGGCCGCUGCUGAAGAGGAGGCGCCUGACACCAAGGAAGACCCCAACAUCAUUGUGGUCACCGUGGGGUACGGAGACCAGAAGCCGUCACCCUCCACCCACCGGGGGUCCCAAGAAGAGGUUUCGGAAGUGGAGGCGCCUUGUGUUGGAGACCCCAAGGGAUUGUCCCCCAGGGACACCUGUGGAGCGGGUCCCUCCAUGGCUAGCAGCCACGUGGUUAGCAACCCCACAAAAACUGCCGCCUUGCCUUCUCAGGUGAGUGUCAUCCAGGGCCACAAAUCCGGCACACAGCAUCUGUCAAAGGAAGCGGGAAGUGACUCGCAGAAGUCUGCACAAUCGGGCAAAGGCCCUUCAGCACUAGGGGGCAGGACCAAAGCGACCCUCACCAGGGACUCAGCCUCCCGCCGCGUCCUUGAAGAUGUCCAGUCAGAAAGAGACAGCUUGCCAGGAUCUGAAUGUGAGCCCCAAGACCUGUCCAUCAGUAAAUCCGACUUGCUGCCUCCUAAGGAUCGUUUGGACGCCGCUGGUUUGCGGGGAUCUGUCAUGCGUUUGCAUCGGAACAGCACUGAGCAGGACAAAGGGGGGACGGCGAGCCCCCCAGUGACUUCCGGGCACGCCCCGAGCCGGUGA